CCCCCGUUGCCCCCCGUUGUGUCCCCACACGGUCCUGGGCACCUCCAGGGUGCGGCAGAGGCCCAAGCCGCCAUCAUGGCCGCCGUUGCCAUAGCGACGCCGACACCACCAUGGCCGCCGCGGGGCCGCUGCUGCCCGCCGAGGCCGAGGCGCUGGUGCAGGCCCUGCGGGGCACCGAGCUGCGGGACGCCGGCGGGCAGGGGUGGCUUCGGCAGCACGAGAGCGUGGAGAAGCUCAACAUGCACGCCAUCCUGAGCGCCGCCGCCGGCCAGGAGCAGCUCCUCACCGAGCUGCUCAUCACCCACGGCAAGAUUCCCGUUCUCAUCGGGGAGCUGAUCUCAGCGGAGGUCUGGAAGCACAAGGUCUUCCCCGUGCUGUGCCGGCUGGAGGACUUCCACCCGAGAAGCACCUUUCCCAUCUACGUGGUGCUGCAUCACGAAGCCUCCAUCAUCAACCUCUUGGAGACGGUGUUUUUUUACAAGGAGAUCUGCGAGUCGGCAGAGGACAGCAUUCUGGAUUUAAUCGAUUACUGCCACCGAAAACUGACCCUGCUUGCGGCUCGAAGCACCAACGGACAGGCAGUGACUCAGAAAGAACUUGAUCCCAAGGACCUGGCCAGCCUGUCGUCCAUGCAGGAGCUGCAGAAGCAGGCGGAGGCGAUGGAGUUUGAAAUUUCCCUGAAAGCCCUGUCCGUGCUGCGGUUCAUCACUGACCAGGUGGACAGUUUGCCCCUGAGCGCGCUGACACGGAUGCUGAACACCCACAACCUGCCCUGCCUCCUCGUCGAGCUGGUGGAGCACUGCCCGUGGAGCUGCCACGAAGCAGGCAAGCUCAAGAAGUUUGAGAACGGUGCGUGGCAUGUGGUGCCCCCUGAGGAUCAGGUGAAGAUGACCAAGCUCGAUGGGCAGGUGUGGCUUGCCCUCCUCAACCUUCUGCUCAGCCCCGAAUGCCAGCGCAAAUACCACUUCGACAGCUUCAACAAGAGCCAGCUCCUCAAGCUCCGGGCGUUCCUGACGGACGUCCUCCUGGACCAGCUGCCCAACCUGGUGGAGAUGCAGAGAUUUCUGAGCCGCCUCGCAGUGACAGAGCCGGCUCCCCCAAAGAAGGAUCUCGUGCUGGAGCAGGUGCCCGUCAUCUGGGACCACCUCCUCAGGAAAAACGCGGGCAGGUGGGAAGCCCUCGCCAAGCACCAGGUGAAGCACGCCUUCAGCCCCACCGAGGAGGAGCUGAAGCUCCAGGCACGCAGGUGGGCGCAGACGUACAGCCUGGACAUGCUGGAGGCUCUCGCCCCCGACAAGCCCCGAUGCCGGGCGUGCGGCGCAGAGGCGGCCAAGCGGUGCUCCCGCUGCCGGAACGAGUGGUACUGCACGCGGGCGUGCCAGGUCCAGCACUGGCAGAAGCACCGCACGGCCUGCAGCCUGCUGGCACAGGCACCGGGGACAGCGGGUGCCCCGUGAGCGGGGCAGAGCCUGGCCUGCAGCCUGCGGCCCAGCCGCCAGGGAGGAGAAGCCCCUCGGUACCACAUGGGAGGGCUGACAGCAGCACCUCCCCGCCCGCUGCUCUCCGAGCCCCCAGCAGCCUCAGCCUCCCUCUCCUCACCGCUAACCAUCACCCCUCCUUCUGCACCCCGCCGGGGCUCGGCACCCCCUCUUUUCUCCUCGCUGAAUAUAAUAAAACCACUUCCUCCCCUCCCUUGCACCCA